ACUUGACACGCUCUCUUUACAAGUCUUGACCUCUAUCCUGAUAUUCAGAUGGCGGCGACCUAUAUCCUAUCGCCAGCCUUUCGGAUAACCACGGGGUGUAUCGGCCCCAAAUCUGUUUCUCAAAAGACCAAGACCAAGACUCGAACUCGCACGGGUUGCAAUACCUGUCGCAGAAGGCGAAUAAAGUGCGAUGAGGCACGUCCGUCAUGUUCAUGCUGCACCAAAUCACAAUUGUCCUGCAACUACCAGCUCCAUUUGAUAUGGGAGCAAGAUCUGGCGACCUCGGGUAAAUGCCACGGGCGGUCAGGAGUCUGGUCGAAGAGCUCGACGAGAACAACAAGAAACCCCGCAAACAAAAGCGUAUUAACCCGCCACAGUGCGCAGAGUCCGUUGUCGCUAGUCAACCGUCAUAAAGGUUGUGAAAUAGUGGCCAGCGAUCAGAAGCCUACGAAAUCGCAUAUGUUUGUGAAUGUGAGCAUUCAAGAGAUGCAGACUUUGUCUCAACUGGACCACCGACACAGAAAGGAUGAGCUCUGUCUUUCCACAUCUGCCAUUUCGUCGCCUAUUGACUCUUUCAACGACGGCUUCCCUCUACCUACAUAUAUCAACGGGACUAGCUCUCCAGGAUAUACCCCAUCGAUGUUUCCUUGGAGUUAUGAACAUGGCCAUGAGGAGUCUUUUCUCUUGUCCUAUUAUCAAGACGUCCUUUGCGCUGCCACCACAGUAGUCGAUGAUAACUACAGCAACCCACUAAGGCGUUUGAUCAUGCCAAUGACUGCCAUUUCCGAGCUGGUCUACAAUGCAACUUUGAUGGUGGCGGCGCACUAUCUACAACUUGAGGCCCCAAGAUACCGCGUCACAGAAAUGUCUCUCCGACAAAGGACUCUAUCCAAUUUGCGACAGGUGAUCGUUAAUAGUGACUGGACCGCCGACGAGGUCUUGUUGGCAGUCAUGAUGCUCUGUUCUCUCGAUAUCUCCUACCAGUGCGACCAAACCUGGCUAGCUCAUCUCACUUUCUACCGCGCAUUCCUGAUGAGACGCGCAGAACAAACAUCCUCGAGCCCUUCAAUUUCAUCUAUAGCAAGAUAUGUCACCAGUUAUUUCUCAUCCCAUACUGUGCUGGCCAAGACUUUGUAUGAUAUCCAGGAACUGUUGCCCAGAACUGAACAACGGUCUUCCAUCAACUCGAUAUAUCCACCAUGCACAUCCUGGACCGCAACCGACCUCGUCGGAUCGAUCAUGCCAACGGAAACUCUAGACGAAAUCGACUUGUGGAAUGGUUACAGCAACUCCCUCCUCCUCUUGAUCAACGAGAUAGCGGGACUUAAAUACGAUGUGGUGCAAAUGCAUCAAGGCGGCACCAUCUGUAAGCUAUCCAGGGUCGCGCUGGAAACCAAAAUUCUGCGACUGCGGACGAGCAUCGACCAACUGUCACAAUCGAGUCCUGUGUUGUCAGAGACCUCGAGUUCUUCAGCUAUAUCGCCACAACAAUGUCGCAUGCUCGAAGCCAUUGCCGAAACAUAUCAGCUUGCGGCCCUCCUCUUUUUGAACGAGUCUUCCACCCCCGCCUUUCUCGGAAUAUCGUCCACCAGCGAUUCAGACUUGUCCAUCCCACUCCUUGACGAUGUCGAGAAACAGAACCAGGUCCGAGCGGUUCUCAACAUUAUCCAUGACAUUGUGCAUCAGACCAAGAUGCCAGUUUCGUGGCCGUUGUGGGCACUGUUCAUUGCAGGCUGCUGCGCGGAUCAGGAAGAGGACAGAGUCAUGGUCUUGUCGUUGUUGCACGCCGCACAACAAAAAGCACCUUAUGAGAACAUACCCCAAGCUCAGAAGGUGAUAGAACUUGUGUGGAACUGGCGGGAUUCCCAACUCGAGCGUCACACUGGGGGGCGAGCUCGAUCUGCCAGGGUCGCAUGUUAUGAUUGGGAGGCCAUCAUGGAUUUGAAAGGCUGGAGACCCAGCUUUGCGUAGUCGCAGAGAGAGAUUUUGCUACGAUAUUGAUCUUCUAACUCUUCGAAUCAUGUAUUCCACCACCACAUCGCUCCGAUAAUGUUCGACGCCUUCGGCACCUACAUCUUGAUCUUGACCCUCCUCCUCCUCCUCCUCAUCAUCAGAGACAAUAUCUGAAGCUCUUGUUCACCCAAUCAGAAAUGUCCAAAUCCGUCGAAACGGCAUCUUCUCCCUCGACUUGUGAUGCGAUGUCGACAUUGGACGGGUCCUUAGGCUCCGGGUCAAUGACACGGCCCUGCAUUUUGUCUCGUCGAGUGUUUUCCCACGACAUAUACAAACGAAGACCCAGGAUGGUCACGAUGGCGAUACAGAAGCAGGAGAGGAUAGCAGCGUAGGCGGACUAGCAAGAACAUGGACAUUAUCAGCACAUGGGGAACACCUCAGGUGGGAAAGGAAAUCGAAAUUGCAGGAUUGGCACCCUCACCUCGUAAUACGGUGCCUGGUUUGCUUUGAAGACCAUUGGACCCCCAAUGUUUCCAGCACAGUAACCGAUGAACAGGAUUGCGGCAACGGUGGUCUUUUUGGUGUAGCCGGCGAAAUUGCUUGAAAUGAUACUCAAGCUGAGGGGAAAU